ACCCGAUUCCGUUAUUCAUUGGCUAUUUCAGUGCCAUGUCCGAUGCCGGAAGGAGGAGGGAGCGGGAAGCGUUAUGGCGACGACGACGACAACGACGACAGCAGAGCCAGAGAGUGGGGAGGGCGCUCAAGAGAUGAUGGAGGUUGAUAAAAGGAUUGAAUCAGAAGAAUCUGGAGAUGAUGAAGGGAAGAAGCAAGCAGUUUGCAUAGUAACAGACCUCAGUCAACAAAGUCUAAAAGAAGAGCAGAAUGGAGAGAAUUUAACAGGUGAAUCAGAAAUUCCAGUGGAUAUGGAAACUAUUAGCUUGGAUCCAGAGGCCGAGGAUGUUGAUCUGAAUCAUUUCCGAAUUGGCAAAAUAGAAGGGUUUGAGGUGCUCAAGAAAGUGAAGACACUUUGUCUUCGACAGAACUUGAUUAAGUGCAUUGAGAACCUGGAACAGCUGCAGACUCUCAAAGAGUUGGAUCUUUAUGACAAUCAGGUUCGUAAGAUUGAGAACCUGGAGGCCUUGACAGGUCUUGAGAUCUUAGAUAUUUCAUUUAAUAUUUUACGACACAUUGAAGGUUUGGAUCAGCUCACUCAGUUAAAGAAACUCUUCCUGGUCAACAACAAAAUCAGCAAAAUUGAGAACCUAAGCAACUUGCAACAAUUGCAAAUGCUAGAGCUAGGAUCUAAUCGAAUCAGGGCAAUUCAGAAUAUUGACACCCUGACUAACCUGGAUAGCCUAUUUCUGGGGAAAAACAAAAUCACUAAGUUGCAGAACCUGGAUGCAUUGACAAACCUGACAGUGCUUAGCAUACAGAGCAAUCGGUUAACAAAGAUUGAAGGACUACAGAAUCUGGUAAACCUGCGAGAGCUUUACCUUAGCCAUACUGGUAUAGAGGUCAUUGAGGGCCUCGAGAAUAACAAUAAACUUACAAUGCUGGACAUUGCAGCCAAUAGGAUCAAAAAGAUUGAAAAUAUCACUCAUUUAACAGAACUCCAGGAAUUUUGGAUGAAUGAUAAUCUUAUUGAAUGCUGGAGUGACUUAGAUGAGCUGAAAGGAGCCAAGAAGUUGGAAACAGUCUAUCUAGAGCGAAACCCUCUCCAGAAAGAUCCCCAGUACCGUCGCAAAAUCAUGCUGGCUCUUCCAUCCGUCCGGCAGAUAGAUGCUACCUUUGUCCGAUUCUGAACCUUCCCUGGCCUUUUUCCUUUGCCUUUCUUCCUCUCAGAGUGUCACACUUGAGAUUUUUAUCCAUAUACUGUGCCCUCUGUCUUCAGCCUGCUGACACUUACAGAGGAAAUGGCCAACCAGAAGCACUGAUGUCAGACCUUGCAUACAAUGCACACACUAUUGUUGUUUUGGAAUAUUGUUGUUAUUAUUAUUAUUAUUAUUAAAUCCUAAGGUGUAAAAUCUCCUGGUCAUAAUGGUGUCUGUCUGAAUUAGGCAAACUAUCAAAUAAUUUGUCUAAUUUUUUUCAGUGCUCUGACAGCCUGCUUAGAACUAAAUAGCCUCUGACAGGUUAAUGUAUUGAAACAUAUUCCUUUCAUUAUGUUUUCUUUCUUAAGGUGAACAUAGAAAACUUAGAAUCAUACAGUAAACACAGAAGCAAUCAGAACUAUAGAAUAAAUUGCAUUAUAUUGCCUACUGAUAGUUUCACCUAUGUACAUUUUCUCUACCAUGUAAUUGACUUGCUCUUUUCAAUGUACACAUCCUUGUUUCUCACUAUACAAACAAGGAUAUAUUCAAUAUGCCUUUAUUUACUUUGCUGAUCACCUAAUUUGCAAAGCUUUAUGCUUCUGACAUGCUGUUCUAUACCUUGUUUCCGUUCUGCAAAAGAUGAUAAAGCAAGCUUGAUAAUUAACACAAAAUGGAUUUCAAACACUAAUUAUUAAAGGAAGAAGACACAAUC